GGGGGAGGGAGGGAUGGAAGAAAGUUAAAAAUCCAUAUACACCAAAGUACAAAAAACCAAAAAAAGUCUAUUUCUCUACUUGAGAUUGCUUAUUGAAACUAAUUUUGUAUGUUUAGAAGCCAAAAAGAGAAAAGGUAGCAUAGGGCUCAUUCAGAAAAUGACAAAAAAGGGACAAUUAAACACAUUUGGUUAUUUAAAAGAGAGCAUCAAUCUCUUGAAAAGUGACACUUCCUAUGAUCUCUCACAAGACUGUAAACAAGUUCAACAAAGUCAUCAUUAUCUUUUCCGGGUCGGGUAUUCAUUUGGAAGCGGACCGAAAAUAUCAUAAUCAUUAUAUUGACCCCCAACUUUCUUGCUUUACGAUUAUCAAAAUAACAGGAGGUGCGGAAUCACAAAACAAGUAUACAGAUAUGUCCAUGUAGAACCUCCUCUUACUCUUGAAGCAUUAUUACAAUGGCUGCCAUCAAAGCUCACGAACUCCGCAACAAGAACAAGGCUGAACUUCUCAAGGUCCUUGAUGAACAAAAGCAACAACUUGCUGCUAUCCGUGUUCAAAAGGUCGCCGGUGGUAGAGUUCAAGAAAUUGGUGAAGCUCGUAAGAACGUUGCCCGUGUUUUGACUGUCAUCAACCAAACUCAACGUGAACAACUUCGUCUUUUCUACCAAAAGAAGCGUUUCACUCCUCUUGAUCUUCGUGUCAAGAAGACCCGUGCUAUGCGCAGAGCUUUGACUCCUUUUGAAAAGUCCAAGAAGACUGUCCGUCAACAAAAGAAGGAAGCUCACUUCCCUAUCCGCAAGUACGCUGUCAAGGCUUAAUUUCUUCACAAUAAACCUUACUUGCCCUCACAUGCUUAAAUAAGUAUCUAUGUACAUUCACCAUUUUGAGACAGAAAGAGUUGUUUCAUUGUCUUUGUUCGUUUGGGUCUUUUGUUUUGUGUUUU